AUGUUCCUAUCAAUUUACUUUGCAGAUCAUAGCCCUAAUGGUCUUAGUCUUUCGGGCUUUCCAUCGCCGACAAACGGUUUACCGACCUCCGUCAGUCCUUCUUCUCCUCUCCCUAGUGGAGGCAUUUGCAUGCCAGGCCACGCCAGUCCUCUGGCGUCCGGACUAGGUAUAAUUUCUGGCUCGGUCACUGUCACAACUGCAUCAACUGGUAAUUGCGUCGUCAGCACUGCUGGAAAUAUUUCGCAAGUGGGCCAGGGAGCGGUGUCGACCGCGACAGCUUCUGGCUCUGUUUCAUCGAGUACCAACAACUCCAGUCCCUCGAAUUCUAGUUUUCUGCGCACUGUGCCUUGUCCACACAAGGGCUGUGGCAAGCUUUUUCGUGACAACUCAGCUAUGCGUAAACAUUUGCAUACUCAUGGUCCGCGAGUUCACGUCUGUGCGGAAUGCGGCAAAGCAUUUGUUGAAUCAAGCAAGUUGAAGCGGCACCAACUUGUGCACACGGGAGAGAAACCUUUCGAAUGCACAUUUGAGAUACUACUUUUCCAACAGUGCCUUAAGAUACCUAUUCCUCUGCGCUUCAUUUUGUGUACAAAUCUGACUUGCUGGAGCUCCGAGGUCAGUUAUGCCACGGCACGAGGGCCAAUCGUCUUAGAUUUACCACAAGUGUAA